CUUCAAUAAAGGUUGUUUUCACUUUUUUUUCCCUCUUUUAUUCAUUUUGUUAUGCCCUAUGAGAUUACCAAAUAUGGAAUGAUGUAUGUUAAAUACGGCUUAACAUUUUGAUUUGUUCCAUAUUAAUUGAUUCUUCCGUCUAUUCUUCUUUCAUUGAUGAGUAUAUUUCGCCUUUUCUAACUUUUCUCCCAAUUCUAUUUAUUUAUGUUGUGAGGCAAACUUAUUUUUUUCAAAAUAAACUACCAUGUCUAAUGUGAUAUAGAGUAUCCUUUUGCGGAAAAAAGGAGUCAUAGUUGUCAAGAUGACAAACUGAAAUUGGAAACCUCCAAACUUAACGUGCCUAGAUGGGCGUUUCAAGGACUUUUUUUGCAGAAUAAAAAAAAAUGGAAUAUUAUACUGUAAUAUAAAAACGUAGAAAAGUUAAAUAACUUGUUAAUUAAAUUUCUUUCUAUUAUAAUAUAAACUAAACGUUUUAAAUUCACAGUCUUUAAGUGCAAUUUGUUCCAAUAGGUGAAGCAUGACACUAUAUUAUUCUGUCGUUGUUGUUGCUAUAUUCCAAUCAAAAUUCUAUAUUAAAAAUCAUAUAUUUACGAAUUUUAAUAACAUAUAUCAAAAGUGUAUACUGUAUAUUGGUAUCUGUUCUUUUAUAGCUAAUGUAUGCACGUGCGGUAAGUAGUUAAGAUAUUUUUCAUUUUGUAUGAAAGUUUUUCCGGGCCAUUUCAAAUAGUAAAAGAAGAUUUAUAGAACGUAAACGAAAUUAAACAAAUUCGCUGCCACAAGAGAAAGAAAAAUUGCCUGUUUAUAAUAAACAGGAAAGCCUUUAGCUUUAAUCUUUCUACUUUACUAUGAAAUUCAUACUAUAAAGAAAAAAAUAUAGCUGUAAACACAAGACUAGCAUUGAUAGGCCUUUUCGUCUUUUUGAAUAUAGAAAAAAGGCGCGCUCUCUGUUGGAGAGAACCAGAUUCUAAAUAGUGUGUUACUUCUUACUGGCUAGAUGAAAAAAGAAUAAAUAAGCAAAGGUUAAAAUUACAUAAUUAUGAGAUUUGGUACAGUUGAAGGAGACGGAAGUACAAAAGAACCAGAGGGAAAUAGUGGGAGUGAGAUAGACAGACAAGCAAAGGGAGAGAUGGAGAGAGAGAAGGAGAGAAAGAAAAUUCGAUAUAUAGACUGGUUCCAAUUCCCCUUUUAAGCGUGUGGCAAAGCCUACACAGAACAUCUACAAAAGUGCGAACUAUUAUAGCCAAAGCGGCUUUACGGUUUUCGCUAUUCGAACGGCUGGAUACCCAGGAUAAAGCGGAGCUGAAGAGCGUUUUGCAGAACUUUAUAUUUUCGUUUAUACUUUUUAGUUAUAUAUAUUUUUUUGCAACGUUUUAUUUUGUUUCUCUAUAUUUCUAUAAACGAAAUAAAUUAAAAAGAAGAGAGAAAAUAUACAAAGAAUUUCAUCAUAUUUUUUAUGAAAAUAAAUACUUUCGGAAGAGUGAAAAGAAGAUUAAAAAAUGAAGAAUUUUAGUGGUUUCUUAUUGAUAUUUAAAUUCAAUUUUAUCGUCAUUAUUUCUACUAAAAUAGAUUUAAACUUUAAGCUUAACAUUUGUGACAAGGAAAUCUACUCUUCUUUAACACCAGAUCAAGUUCUUCUUACGUGGUCAAUACCAUCUCAUCUUUGUUCUGAAAAGGCUUCUUUACAGUUCAAAUUUAUUGAUACGGAUUCAAUCAAUGAAAAGAAAAACUUUAAGUUUAGCGUUCCCCUUAAUAAUGGGAAAGUCAAACUAAACAAUGUAUCAUUAUAUUUUCAACUAUUUCAACCUAUAAAAAUAGAAUGGAGGGUUGUUAACUCUGCAUGUACAAAUUUUGUUAACGAUGGGGUUGAAUUAUUUAGGAAUAGGGGUAAGAGGAUAUCCCAUACUUACUUCUUUAAAGCUUUUAACUGGGAGUUGCAACCUACUACUGAAAAAGAGCAUGGUAAAAAAUACGCUAAAAUAAGGAUACCCUUAAUAAGUAAAUAUUAUUCGGAUAAAGACUCUGAAAAGGUUUUUAAAGGCUUCCUUAAGGCUUAUCACCUUACCAUAAACAAAUUCGCCGAUUGCCCACGUUGUCAUAAAAAAAUGCAUAAAAGGAUAAGCGUAGUCAAUGAUAAGGAAUACGAAAGAAUUUGUUUCUCUCUGGAUGAAUGGACUAAAUACAAUGAAAGGAGAUACACUCAUCCGGUUUUCCAUUAUAAUGAAACAAAUAGCAAAUUGAUUAGAGAGAUCAAAAAGACGGCGGCACAAAAAGGAAUAGAUGAUUUUAUCUUAGAUAUAAAAAAUCAUUGGCCAAAUAGCCUAAUGAACUUAACGCUGAGGGCCGUUACAACAGAAGGUAUUGCUAAGUUGGGAAUGAACUUUGAAAAGUUUCCAAUGCUAGCCCCUACAAGAGAUUUCGACUUUAAUGUAAUAAAAGCAAUUCCAGGCCUAUUAAAUAUAACUAUAAAAAAUCCUUCAGACUACAGAGGUUUAGCAGGCUAUUUGUAUUUUAAUAUUGAUAAUCAUUCGAAAUUAAACGUUAUCAACUUUAAAUUGAAUCCCUAUAUGCAUCGCGGUUGGUACGUAAUUAGGGAUAAUAGAUUAAGAGCGAACGGAGAAUAUAAUAUCACCGGUUAUCCAACUACCCAACCGUACGAUCAAUUAGAGUUACUUGUGGGUGAAAAAAUAGAAAAGAAGUUUUCAAUUAGAGAUUUGUAAUCAACGAUAGGGACCAGAUGAUGUCUCAGGAAGUGAUAUUUAUUAUGGCAAAAUACAAUGAGAGGAAACUCAUCUUAAACGUUUCUCAAUAUUGACACAACGACUCCCUUCUAUCAUAGAUAUUAUUUAUAAAUGAAAAAAAUAUGUUUCUUAGUGAAGAUAAUUGUGAUUCUUAGUUGGAA